AUGCCCGCAGGCAGCAAAGUCCUGGAGCCACGGAGUUUUGUGAUGAUAAAGCCCCUGCCCUUCCCUCCGUCCAAAGGGCUGAAGGUGAAGGCCCGGAGCCUGACCGUCUACAGCCCCUGCGAGCCGAGCAGGCAACAAGUUUUCCACGAGAAUUACCUCAGGAGGCAGGACCAGCUGAGGCAGCAGGGUUACCGCUCAGUCUACUGGAAACCUUAUCAGGCAAUCGGCCAGCCCCUUCACCUGGAACCCAGGCAGCUCAUCCUGCAUUCCCUGGGGCAGCUCGACCAGACUGUGAACGAUGACCCUAACAGCACUGCAGAGGAAAAUGCAGAAGAAGCAAAAUGCUUGAGCUCACCAAACAUGUCAAAGGAGAACAAGAUGUUCACUGCAAAGCUGCUGCAUCUGAAGUACAAGGAGAAAGACCUGAAGACUAUACGUAAGGACCUGUCUCAUACCAGGCAGUUGGUAAACACAGCUAAACGAGGACAAGGUUUCUUCAAGCGGUUGAAGAGAGAGGAGGAGGAGAAACAAAGUGUGCUCCUGAUGGAGCAGAAGAAGUUAAUGGAGAAACGCAGCAAAGAAUGGCAACCUCCCAAGUUCUCUUCAGAUGAGGAAUCUGAGGAAGAGCAAGAAGAAGUAAAGGGGUUUUUUGUAACAGAACCAGUCUUCUCACCACGGACAAAUGCAACAAAACUCCACUCUCGAAAAACUUCCAGCAAAAGAAAGGUUCCGGCUGCACGACCUUACACCCCAUUACAUUGUAGCCUUGCAUCUACCAGACUGACAGAGAGAGACAUGGAACCACUCUUUCGACAACUCUGUGCCUUGACUUGGCUGCUGGAGGCUGUAACUUUAGAACCACCGAGCACAAUGUGCACUGUUACAAGCUGUUGGAGUGCCAGAGAUCCAGGUGGAAUGAAGAAUACAGCCAGGAAAAUCAAUAAAGAUAAAUUCAUAGAAACAAGAUGGGAACAGUUUAUAACACAGCCCAAGUUCAAAAAACAUUCCCCUCGAGUUCUGCGCAGGACAUCAUUACGACCCAGAAGACCCUCCCUUGCAACUAUAUCACGCACCAGUGAUGCAACCCCAGUCCUUGGCAGUGCCUCAUCAGUGAUCACCACCUCCGAUGACCUAGGAGCAGGGACUCCAGCUACCGUUUUAGAAUCAGUUUCUGAGGCUGAGGACAAUGAAUCCACAACAAGCAGCUCAUUCACCCAAAGCAAACAGGACCAGGAUGAAGAGGAGCCAGUGUCUGACUACCUUCGAAAACUGCUUGAGUCUGUGCAACAGAGCAUAAACAAGGAGCUUCAUGGAGAAGAGAUGAAUCCAAGGAACAGUGAAGAAAGUUCAACAGCAGUCCUGAAUAAUGGGAAAAGAAAUGCUGUGGCAAAUUACAGGACAGAACAGCAGAGCGACCUCAAUAAUCCACAACAGAGGCCUAAAAGCUCACCUUUAGACCUUGCUUCAGAAACCAGCCUGUUUGUUGCCAGCAAAUCCUCUCUCUCUCUGGAGAUGCAGUCCAAGUUCAUCGAGAUAAAUGAAGAAGCAACUUUAUGUCUCCAUGACAACCUGGAAGCCUUGGAAAAGAAACGCUGGGAGACCAGCAAGUGCAAAUUUCGUGCCCUAGACAACAUAGUCAGCUUUUAUACAUAUAGUGAGGAUAUGCAGAGAUCGCUUCAGGAAUCUAAAGGAGAUAAAGUACAAAUGAGUGAUGAGACCUGGUAUUCCAACCUAUUGUCUCGAAUUCCUGAGUCUGUAAAAGAAAUUCAAAAGAUCAGCCGAAUACUGAAAAGACUGGGAAAGUUUGGAGAACGACAGAGCUUCAGAGUUCGGCCACAUCAAUUCCUCAAAGUGCUUAAUGGACUGAGAAACUGGGAGCUCUGUUCUCCAGACAUUAGUGCCGCUAUUGAGUUUAUGCGGGACAAGGUGGUUCUGAUGCCUGCAGAGGACUAUGACAGCUGGUUGCAGCUGAAAUUGGAGCUACCAAAGAGGAUACAGAGUGCACCACCCCUAAGGUGAAAAUCACACGGAAGGAGUAUGUUAAAAAUUGUUGCAACAGUGAUUUUGUGGAACCUUUCAGGGGUUUUUUUUGUGCCUUCUUUUGGUGAAAUGUAAAUGGACUGAAAUUACCAUGUGCAAUAUUAAUA